AUGAAGCGCAAGAUCGAGGAAGUGGAAGAAGAGAAUCAGUUCUCAUGUAUGUUCUGCAGCAAAAAGUUCUCGAGUCCUCAAGCUCUAGGAGGACACCAAAAUGCCCACAAAAAAGAGCGAAACCUCUUGAUCAGUAUGGAUAAAGAAAAAGAGAUGAAUGCUCUUGGAUUUAGCCCAGCUAAUGUUCCCAUGCAAUCUAGGGCACCGUUUUAUCCGUAUUCAUCACAUUUAUACAUGUCAAACCUUCCCUUGCAAGCAAGGACACUCCCUUAUAAUGGUGCAUACAUGCACCCCAUGACAGAACCUGGUUAUUGCAUUAACCAACGAUUUUCCUUACCAACAUCUCCAUUGAUUACUCGGAGUGAAUCUACAAGACCCAUUGUUGGUUCUUCUUCUAGUGUUGGUGCUGGUUUUGGUCAACUUCAGGGAAGUCCAAGUGAAUCAAAUAAAGAAUCACGUCCAGAAGUUUUGGAUUUGUCACUAAAACUUUGA